AUGUCGCUAGCGCUGCUGAGCCUGGCCGCGCUGUGCUGGGGUGCCAUGGCCCGAGAGCCGACGAUUCAGUGUGGCUCUGAAACUGGACCGUCUCCAGAGUGGAUGGUUCAACAUCCUCUGACCCCAGGAGACUUGAGGGACCUCCGAGUGGAACCCGUUAAAAGCAGGAUUGCAACAGAGGACUAUUCAAUUUUGAUGAAUGUAAGCUGGAUACUCCGGGCAGAUGCCAGCAUACGUUUUUUGAAGGCCACCAAGAUCUGCGUGACAGGGAAAAGCAACUUCCAGUCCUAUAGCUGCGUGAGGUGCAAUUACACAGAGGCCUUCCAGACUCAGACCAGACCCUCUGGCGGUAAAUGGACGUUUUCCUAUAUAGGCUUUCCUGUGGAGCUGAACACGCUCUAUUUCAUCGGGGCCCAUAACAUCCCCAAUGCAAAUAUGAAUGAAGAUGGCCCCUCCAUGUCUGUGAAUUUCACCUCACCAGGGUGCCUAGACCACGUAAUGAAGUACAAAAAAAAGUGCAUCGAGGCAGGAAGUCUGUGGGAUCCAAACAUCACUGCUUGUAAAAAGAACAAGAAGACGGUAGAAGUGAAUUUUACAACCAGUCCCCUUGGAAACAGAUACAUGGCUCUUAUCCAAAAUAACACUGUAAUUGGGUUUUCUAAUGUGUUGGAGGUGCACCAGAACAAACUAACUCGCGCUUCUGUGGUGAUUCCAGUGACUGGGGAAAGUGAAGGUGCUGUGGUCCAGCUGACUCCGUAUUUCCAUACUUGUGGCACCGACUGCAUCCGACGCAGGGGAACUGUGGAGCUUUGCCCACACACAGGAGCCUCCUCCCCUCAGGAUACCAGUAAAAGCGUGCUGGGUGGCUGGCUGCCUCUUCUCCUCCCAGCUCUGCUGGUGGCCACAUGGGUGCUGGCGGUCGGGAUCUACCUUAUGUGGAGGCAUGAGAGGAUCAAGACGGCUUCCUUCCCUACUACCACACUGCUACCCCCCAUUAAGGUUCUUGUGGUUUACCCAUCUGAAAUAUGUUUCCAUCACACAGUUUGUUACUUCACUGAAUUUCUUCAAAACCAUUGCAGAAGUGAGGUUAUCCUCGAAAAAUGGCAGAAAAAGAAAAUAGCCGAGAUGGGUCCAGUGCAGUGGCUUACCACUCAGAAGAAAGCAGCAGAUAAAGUCAUUUUCCUUCUUUCUAAUGAUGUCAAUAACGUGUGUGAUGGUACCUGUGGCAAGAGCAAGGGCAGCCCUCAUGAGAACUCCCAAGACCUGUUCCCCCUUGCCUUUAACCUCUUCUGCAGCGAUCUGAGAAGCCAGACUCACCUGCGCAAAUACAUGGUGGUAUAUUUUAGAGAGGCUGAUACCAAAGACGAUUAUGACGCGCUCAACGUCUGCCCCAAGUACCGCCUCAUGAAGGACGCUACUGCUUUCUGCACAGAACUUCUCCACGUCCAGCAGCAUGUGUCAGUGGGAAAAAGGCUGCAAGCCUGCCACAACAGAUGCUUUGCCUUGUAGCCCACCCAUGAGAAGCAAGAGACCUUGAAGCCUUCCUACCCCUCCAAUUACAGGGAAAAAAGCAUCUAUGAUGAUUCUGAAGUUUACUAUACAGGCUACUUGUAGGGAAGAUUAUACACA